UUCACACGUCAGCAGGCUCUGGAGGACUUGAUCAGUUCAAUGAGUCGUUUGUGCUCUUUCUUUCAGUUUUUCAACGAAGAAGCCAGACAGCAACAACUACUGCUGUUUAUCCUGGCAGCAAAUCCCCCAAAACAUUAUAUGAAUGUUUACGGUCAAAUAACUUUAUCAUAAUGUUUUCCAGAUGAAUAUGCAGAGAGACGCUAAUGAAUCUUUAUUAUCUGCUUCCCUGUAGAAUUUCAUAUGACCCCACAAGAUACCCUAAAUACAUUCCCGAAGCAUACUGCCUGUGCAAGGGCUGCCUGAUGGGGAUCUUUGGCGAGGAGAAUUUUCACUUCCGCAGCACCCCCGUGUACAUGCCCACCGUCAUCCUCCGCCGCACCUCCUCCUGCGCUGGGGGCCGCUAUGUGUACACGGAAGACUACGUCACCAUCCCAGUGGGCUGCACGUGUGUGCCUGAGCAAGAAAAGGAGGCCGAAAGCGUAAAUUCCAGCAUAGACAAGCAAGAAAUGAAGUUGCUGGUAAACCAGAACAAGCCGUCGUCGGAAUGAAGAAUAUAGGAGGAGUCGUCUGUGCAUUAUUGGCUUCACGUCACUAUUUCACCACCUCAGCAAACUGCGCGCAGCAGAGAAACGCAUCAGAUUGUGCUGCUUCUCUGCUUACAGUUAUUUCAGUUAUAGGAUGGAAAAUUCUGUUCAGUUGCUCAGAUCGUUAGCGAUGACAAUUCAUAUUAAGAACUGUAGCUCAAGUGAGUAUUUCUCGCAAAUUCCAGUAUAGCUUUUUUCCUUUCCUUAGCAUGGAACAUUUUAUCCAUACUUAUUCACAGUAAAUUUUAGAAGAUGAUGCAAUAGUCAGAAAUGCUAGCUAUUGCUAUAGCAGACUGCUGGUUGUAGAUAUUAUUCAGGAAUCACUUAUACUCUACUUUUAAAUACUUCUAUAUAAAGAUCACAUAGCUUUUGUCCGGAGCCAAAACAUCAGUUAAAAAUACAGUUUCUCAGGGUGGGAGAGCCUUCCCUUAUGUCAAGUCAACCCAAAGCAGCAUUUUUUGCUGUUAUGUCUUUUGUCUGUUUAUACAGCACAGCAUGGGGACCUUCACUGGGCUGGAGUCAUUCAUGAAACAACUUUCUGUGAGUUAGCUAUUUUUAAACUCACCAAACUGCUAAGGGUACAAAAGGGUUAGAAAAAAAAAAACAUGCUAGAACGUGAUGAAGGUGCAGUGGACUUCCCCAUUGAGGACUACAGCUAAUUGAACGGAAAAUAUCCAUUAGAAUAAAUAGAAUUUGGAUCCCUAGAA